CCACUUUCUUAAUCUUAUCCUACCAUGUCCAACGUUAAGAAACUUCCUACUCGUCGCCUUGGUGCCAAUGGACCAACUGUCAGUGCUGUUGGGCUUGGAACAAUGGGCAUUGGUGCUUACUAUGGAAAGACUGACGAAGUAGCUGCAUACGAGGCUUUGACGUAUGCCGCCAAUCGUGGCAUGACAUUCUGGGACUGCGCAGAUAUUUAUGGAGAUUGUGAACUGACGCUCGCAAAGUGGUUUGCAGAGACAGGCCGUCGGUCCGAGAUUUUCCUCGCAACCAAGUUCGGCGCGACCGACCCAGAGAGCAAGUUCGGAGGCGGGAAACCUAUCUCAACACCGACGUAUAUCAAAUAUGCGCUCGAGCGUUCACUGAAGCGUCUCGGAACGGACUAUAUCGACUUGUAUUACCAGCAUCGCGUCGACCCGAAUGUUCCGAUUGAAGUUGUACUCGAGACACUCCGCGGGCCACUUGAAAAGGGUGUGAUUCGCUAUAUUGGUUUGAGUGAAUGUAGUGUCGAUACGUUGCGCCGUGCGAAAGCAUUGAAGGGAGUUGGGGAGAAGGUCAUUGCUGCGCAGAUGGAGUUUAGUCCGUUCACUCUAGAUAUCGAGAAGGAUGGUUUUGCGAAGGCUGCGGAGGAGCUUGGUGUUGCUGUCGUCGCAUAUAGUCCACUUGGACGCGGUUUGGUUUCCGGGAGGUUCCGCUCUCGUGCAGACUUCGAAGAGAACGACCUUCGCAUGUACUUGCCACGUUUCUCAGAAGAGAACUUCCCAAAGAACGUCGAACUCGUCGACAAGAUCAGGGUAAUAGCCGACAAGUACAAAGCGACACCGAGUCAAAUCGCUCUAGCCUGGAUACUUGCAACGUCAGAGAACUUUAUACCAAUUCCUGGAUGCCGAACUGUUGAGCGCGUCGAAGAGAAUGCUCGAGGUGCCGAGGUACGACUCACACCGGAGGACGUCAACGCGAUUCGUGCUCUCUCUGAGGCUGCUGACGUACGUGGAGAGAGAUAUCCUUCCGCCUUCAUGGCGUCUUGUGAAGGCAAUUGCAUUCCAUUAGGAGAGUGGAAAGGAGAAUGAAAAAGCGAUCGCGCUGGUACUGCACGUGCGAAACCACUGGCAGUAUCAGAAUUGUAAAGGAUUAUAAAUAAAUGAAUGUAACAAGUUACUCGAUUGGCACCGGCAUAAUUUGAAUUUGAAUAAACAAAAGUUUCGUUGACUGUUCC